GGCCAAGAAAGUAUUGGAACUAUGGUUCCUCUUUUUGUUAUUAGUGUUGUUGUUUUGUUUGUUUGUUUUUAGCAAAAAUCUACUUUUGCUCAUAUUAAUGACAAAGCAUGGUGCAAAUGUCUUAUCCACUCAAUUUUUUAUUUUUUUAUUUUUUUAUUUUUUGAUUGCCCAGGUCAGAUGGCAGGCUGCAACUAUUUUUCAACUACUUGCAUCUACCUGCGAUACCAAAAUCACAGGUAGACGCAAGACUGGUCUUGCGUCAACGCACGACAACGCAGAUAAUGGCAGAGUGUUGCAGAGGGUCUUUAGCAGAGGCAGGUUGACACAAGUGGAUCAUGAUCUUUUCGCAUUUCAGCUGCAAUUCGCUUCCAAUCGGUGCAAAUAGCAGGUUGAUGCAUGUAGAGGCAGGCAGUUGUGCAACACUCAAGUGACCAAUUGUAGGUUGAAGCAGGUAGUGGCAGCAGGUAGACGCAGGCAGGGGAAGACAAGUCUUUAGACAUGGCUGCGAUGCAUCACAGGUAGAUGCAGACUGCACCUGCAAAUAGUUUACAACAACCUGCGAGCAGUCUUAUGGCCUUUGUUUGUUUAAAGAUUUUCUGUGCACUGAGUCAACCCGAGUCUAGCUGCGUCUGCUUCCGACUGGUUGAUUCAGCUUAAAAACUCUGCGUCUUGCUAUAUGUCUGACCACAACGAAGGAUUUGACGCAAAACGCCUGCGUCGGUCACCCGACCAAUUGCGGGUCGCAGCAUGCGUCUUUCUGCCGUCUGACCUGGGCAUGUAAGUUUAGUUUUAACUUGCUAUUUUACAUCUUCUGCAUUAGUGUAUCAGUGGGAAAAAAAAAGUAAAUGUUUGAUUUUCCAAAUGGUAAUUUUCUGCAAAAUAAGAGAAAGAAACAAAGGAAUGUAAAAUCAAGCAAUAGACCACAUUUCACCUAAAAAGCAUAAUGGAAACUGUUCUGGUUUUACCUGCAGAAACAAAAACAACACAGAGUCUCCAGAAAAAUUGUGGCAGUUCUCCAUGAUGCAUGACAGUGUACCUGAGAGAACUGGCGCAGUUUUAAAGGGUUAGACGAGGCUGAUGUUCCAGCACAUUUUACACCACGCUGUUGAGCAGGAUUAUUGUGAACGUGGAGAACGGGUUAUUGCAGCAACUCGACUGUGCGUGUGAUCAGAAGAGGUGUGGAUGUGCGCCUUCUGAUGGCGAAUAACAUCCCAUUGGGACUGCUGGAAGCUUGUGUGGUUUUGGGCGCAUCCAGUGAUCGUCUGAAGGAGUUUUGUGUGUCUCAGCUGCAGGAUGGAAAAGAAAAAGAUCCGGUACUGUUGGAGGCAGAGGUGUUGCAGGUUCAUGCCCCACCUUUUGUGACGAAGGAGAACCCAAGUGAUGGUCAAGGUCACGCCCCAUCCUUCAGUCGGGCCCAGAGGAGACGCUCAUUCUUAAAGAAAAAAGGAAGACCUGCUGUGUCCUCCAGCAAUGAGACCAAGACCACGACAGAUGAUCAGAGCGUGCCUAAAGACAUCGACCUCAUUGCCCUGCCCCAGCUGUGUUUCCCAGGUGGGUUGAAAGUAGUCCAUGAGAGUCAAGAGGACUCUUAUCACUUCCUGGUUUUCACAGACGUCUUUGGGAACCAGACACAUGGAGUGGUGGUUCAGUAUUACAAACACAUACAGGCAUCAGUGGACAGUAUAGCAAACAAAAAUGGCCACUAUGCAUCCAAACCUCCAAAGUUGUUCACAGCCUAUGCAAUCUGCCUCAUUUCCAAAUACCCUUACUACAACGCUCUCAGAGACUGCCUGUCCUCGUUCCUGGUCCAGGUGAAGAAUUGCCGGAUGGCUGAGUUUGAGGACCAGGUGAGGGAAUUCUCAGCCAAGUUGGCACUGGUCCCCAUCCCUCCACCUGGACAGCUGCAAGUGGCAUUUAACCUAAAACCCCUGCAGAUCAUUCUUCCACCUAGAGAAGACGUGGAUCGUCCUGCUGUGGACCUGGACCUGCAUCUGCCCUUUCUGUGCUUUCAACCCAAUCAGAUCUUACAGGUGAUCUGCAGUAUCUUGAUGGAGCAGCGGGUCGUGUUCUUCUCCUCAGACUGGGCCAGGCUCACGCUGGUGGCUCAGUGCUUUAUGCUGUUCAUCCACCCUCUGCGCUGGCAACACCCAUUCGUUCCUGUCCUUUCCAGACAGAUGAUGGACUUCCUCAUGGCUCCCACUGCCUACCUCAUGGGUUGCCAUGUCCAGUACCUUGAGGAAGUGGCUGCAGAGACAGAUGACCUGAUCCUGAUUGAUAUUGAUGAUGGAAUAGUGACACUGUCAUGUGCCAAUAGUGACUUACCAGAUGUGCCAGUGGCUGCCACAGAGUGUUUUAAAAAGCGUGUAGCAGGGCUGCAGAUUCACUAUGACCUGGAAUUGUGUGGGCACAGCAGCAGCAUGGAUGUAACUGACAUGCGGACUCGUAGGCGCCAGUGGCAGCACAAACUCAACUCCGAAAUCCUAAAUAUCAGUCUUGAACUCAUUGUCAACAUCUUCAGACAGGUUCAUGACCACCUAAACUUUGAGCAUCGAGUGUUCAACAGUGAGGAGUUUUUCAGGGCCCAGGAACCAGCCGACCAGCCAUUUUACAAGAAGGUUUUAGAGACACACAUCUUCCAUUCUUUCCUCAAAGAUUGCUUAAAUAGGAAGAUGGAUGCUUUCGCACAGAUGAAGAUAAAUACGCAGUCAGAAGCUUACAGGAUGAGGAUCACGCUGGAGGCUCCACGGAGGCCCAAUAUGAAGGACCUGACUCACAAACAGCCAAAUUACAAGUUGCAUAAGAGGCUGGGUAUGAGUCUGCCCAACCUGGUAGACGACAACUCUCUGACGGUGCUGGUGCGUCAUCUGUCUGAGAAAUCUGACAAGGGACCCACAUUGAAGCCAGCUUUCAGGAAUCCCCCAAAGCCAGUCAAAACAUUCAAACUCCCAGAGUUCCCUCCUCCUCUGGCUUAUCAGUAUGUUCAGCACUAUUAUUCAGAACUCAUCAGUCAACUCAGCAAGGCCAUCGACUCUGCGACCCCUGAGGACUCGUCCCUGCUGGCACGCUACUACUACCUCCGCGGCCUGAUCAGUUCUGUGGUAGGAAAACGUCUGGAUGCUCUGAUGGACUUCCAGAGUCUCCACAGGACAGAUAUGAACAUCUUCCCUCUAGAGCUGGUGACUAAACUGGCAGACUCGCUAAGGACAGAAGAGCGCAAUGUGGCUGAGGGGCGGCCAGAGCUGAAGCGCCUCAUCAGCCGAGUGAAGAAAAGCUGCAGCCAGGACGACUACCCUGACCAUGGUUUAGUGAAGAAGUUUGAGCUUCCACGCACACACAUGUUUCUGGAUGACUUUGUGCGCCGUGUGCAAGAGUCUGGCAUCGUCAAAGACCUGGGCACCAUCCAGCGCCUCUUUCAGGCUCUUACUGUGGGUAUGGAGUCUACAACGAAGGUCUCAGCCCAGUCUGUUUUUUACCUUGAUUCCUCACCAGAUGGUCAACAGAAGCAGGUGGACCCGGAGGUUUUCCGCUUCUUCUACACCAUCUGGAAGGAGACGGAGGCUGAAGCACAGGAUGUGGAUUUGCCUGUGGCUGUCCUUGAACAUCUGGAGGCCAACGAGCAGGUGUACAAGCUCUCUUCAUCAGUGAAGACGAGCCAUGGCGUGGGUAAGAUCGCCAUGACCCAGCGCCGGCUCUUUCUGCUCACAGAGGGACGGCCAGGUUAUGUAGAGGUCACCAAGUUUAGAGACAUAGAGGACGUGAAGAUAUCCUCAGCUCCUUUACUACUUCUAAGGAUCCCCUCUUUAAAGAUUAAGACCAGCCUAAGGAGGGAGACGUUCGAGGCCAAUCUGAAAUCCGAGUGCGAGCUGUGGCAUUUGAUGAUCAAGGAAUUAUGGGCAGGAAGGAAAAUGGCAGAUGAACACAAGGACCCUCAGUACAUACAGCAGGCGCUGACAAACGCCCUGCUGAUGGAUGCUGUGGUGCGAUGCCUCCAGUCUCACAAAGCUAUUUAUGCUGCUUCUAAAUUGGCCUACUUCGAUGCGUUGAAACUGGAAGUGCCGAUGAUGGUGCCAAAAACAACAUCCGAGACCCUCAGGCAUAAAAUCAACCCUUGUCUGGACUUGACAUCUCCUCAAGCUGUGGACUUCCUGCUCUAUACACCAGGACAGCUGGGUGCAGCAGCCUCAGACGGCGGUGGUUACCCAAAACUCUGGUGUGCUCUGAGUGAUGGAAAGGUGGUUGUGUUUGACGCAGCCAGCUGGUCCUUGCAGCAGAACUGCAUUCAAGUGGGGACCUCCCGCCUUAACUGCAUGUUGGGAGUGGACCUGCAGCAGCUAUGGAUUGGCUCUCAGGACUCGAUCAUUUAUAUAAUCAACCCAAACAGCAUGUCCUGUAACAAACAGCUGACGCAGCACCGCGCUGAGGUCACUGGUCUCGCCCUGGAAGAAAGGCCUGACAAAUACAGCCAGUUGCUGGCGUACUCGUGCAGUGCAGAGGGCACCGUGAUCAUCUGGGAUGUGGCCACGCUGCAGGCGAGACGUGACCUCAGACUGACCUGUGACAGACUGCAGUCCAUUCAGAUCCACAAUGGAAGACUAUGGUGCUGUGCGCGGGACUGUGUGAUGGAGGUGCGGCGGAACGGCACAGUGCAUCGCAGGAUAUCUCUUCCUGGUCACCUCAGGGGCUCACCGUGUUCCUACAGCAGCUUCUUAGUUUUAAAUGAGAGGAAUCAGAUGUGGACCGGCUGCAUAGACGCAGGCGAGUUGUGUAUGUGGCACCUCGCUGACCUGGAGAAGCCCUUCCAGAGGAUCCAGCUGCCUGACUGCUCCAGUGUCAUCUGCAUGAUCAGAGUCAAGAACCAGCUCUGGGUAGGAGGCCACAGUAACAGUGGGGGGAAAGCUCGAGGAAAGAUCUACGUAGUGGACACAGAGCGCCUCCUGGUGGAGAAGGAGCUGCUGGCUCAUUCAGACACCGUUCAGACUCUGUGCUCCGCAGAGGACCGCUACAUCCUCAGCGGUGCUGCUGGCCAAGACGGAAAGAUCGCUAUCUGGAAAGUGGAAUAGUAUAGAAGAAUGAAUUGCAUGACUCUCGUAUGAUUCUGGAAGAAGCACUUUGGCUUGGCUGCUUUACUGCAAGAGCAGGCACAAGGUCAAUGAGUGCCUUUAUAUACCUACUGACUUCUUUAAUGUUGGUGAAUAUUUUCUCUAAUUCUCUAUUUAUUUUACAUCUCGUCCUCCGAGUGAACUGCCAACAAACAAGGGAAGAAAUUGAUUGAUGUAGAAUCUUUCUUAUAACAGGAGAUUCAUCUAACGGUCUCAUGAAGGGCUAAUUAAAAUGUGCAUCUAGUUUGAUAUGAAGGGGGGUUUUUUUCCUUCUUUUUUUCUCACUGCCUUCUGUGAUGACGUGAAGGAAUGUUAUCAGUAUUUGGUUAUCCAAGUGGUGUCCAAACUCUUCCACAAAAGGACAGGUUUUUAUUCCAGCUAAAUAGAAGCUAUGCCUUUUUUUUUUGUGGAAAAACUAGGAUCAAUUUAUCAAAAAUUGAAUUCAGAUGUGAUUCCUGCUUGGAAUAAAAAUGUAAGGAGAGUAUUACAGAUAAAAACCCCUCUGAUUUAA